UCCAACCAGAAGGAGUAUACUUUCCGAUCGCAGCUGAAAGCAUCCAUGUGUUGCGUAAACUAUCAACAUUCUCUGACAUGACGCAGUCAUAGCUAAAAGGAAUUCAGUUCCAUCCUCUGCAAUGCAUAUCCUCUAAAUUUCGCAAUUUAAAAAAAAACAAAAACGGAAAUGACGACAGUAUGGAAACAUGGAACCAUGACGUAACGCUGAGGCGAAAACUUUCGAACCAGAAAUAACGAACGAUAUAUAGUUCAACCAUCACCAUGGCGACGUCAACAACAACAGCAUCAACGUCGACAACGAUCCCACCAAUGCACGCCACCAGCGUCAUAGAUCCUUCCAUCCUAGUAACGAGAAGUAACGUCAACAAUUCCACGUCGGCACCGGAAGUAGUUAAUGUGACGGACGUUACGCCAGUCUAUAACGAGAAUGUGACUCAGGUUUAUAGGGAACAUACAGUUGAUCUUCCGAUAACCUUUUGCCCGCCAGUUGGCAUCCAACAUGGUUUCUAUGACGACAACAUCAUCUUAAGCACAAGAAGUCGUGACGUAGGCACCGUGGUACACAUCAGCUGUCGUGCAGGCUCUCGACUAAAAGGUCCGGAUGUACUCAAGUGUGAAGACAGAGGUCACUGGAAUGGGUCACGUCCUCAUUGCGAAAUACAAGGAGGACCUAUAGUUGGUAUACCUAUGUCCACGCAGCUGCUGAUCGGCGUUCUCUCGGGAUGUUGCGGUCUCGUCGUCAUCGUCGUCGCCGCCAUCAUCUGUCGUCUGAUGUGCUGCAAACCACGUGACAAACUAUCAGGACAGGAAUCAGAGGAUGCGACCAUAGACUCGUACCAGGGGGAGGAUCUGGAAAACCCUUACUUCGCCGUCGAGAGGGAACGCCAACACAGAGCCAUGGGCAACGAUUCCGGAAGCGUCCACUACGCAAAACCGGAAAUACACAGCACAUUUAUCAACCCUUCUUUCUACGAGGAUGUCUACGCCAGGUGGCGCAGCAGAGAAGACAUAACGGAAGUUCUGUAUGACACGCCGUUUCAGUUUAAUAUUGUUUUCAGUCGCAGACUACAGGACCAGAUGAAAAACCCGGAACUGAAGUGGAGCACCCUGAGUCUUCGUGCGCAUGACAACUACGAUUACGGAAAAUAUGGUAAAAUUCCUCGAUCUCAGCUGGUGUCCGAAGCAGACGACACUUCAGUAGAUGGACUGACAACUUUCUGAACAGACAACAGGGCCGUGCCUUGAGGGCGGGGAAGGGGGUGCGACUGCCCGACCCAGAAAAAAUACGCGUCCUGUUAAAGCUUAAAAGUGCUCCUUUUGUCUUUUUCUAUGAGGACAAAACCUUAUAUUAUUUAAAAAUACAAAGUGUCAGUUACUAUGCACCUCCAGUUAGUUUAAGUUAGGUACGGCAUCUGGGCAACAAUGGUCUCACAACAUACUUCUUGUAUACGAAGAUUAUACUGCUCUAAAAACACUAACGUAGGUAAUUUAGAAAUACGUGUGUGUGUGUUUAACGACUUAGGUAGCAAUUUUACUGCAUCCGCGAGUUUUAUGGUAGAAGAAAACAUAUUAAUGUAUAAGGCAUGUAUCUGUUUCCCCCCGAUCACGUAUUUCACGGUCCGUAGCAGUAAUCACAAUGUGUAUGUUCUCUUACGUGCUAUUUAUAAUUAUGUAAAACGUGCGUCUCUGUAAGUGUCUGUAUGUGAUAUGUAGAAGUAGGGGAAUCACGGCCUAAUCGAACGUGUUUGUUUAGAUGUCUUGAAAUCGCUGCCUAAAACGUACGCGUCUGUGUAGUGCGAGCUAAAACAUACGUUUCUGUGAAGUGUAGAUACAGGGUAAUUGUGGGCUAAAACGUACGUUUCUGUGAAGUGUAGAUACAGGGUAAUUGCGGGCUAAAACGUACGUUUCUGUGAAGUGUAGAUACAGGGUAAUUGUGGGCUAAAACGUACGUUUCUGUGAAGUGUAGAUACAGGGUAAUUGCGGGCUAAAA